GCGGCACGGCCUCGCGAGCGGAGCGUCCCGCGACCCCUGCGCGACUCGGCGACUCCGGCUGCCCCGGCCACCAUGCCGCGCUCGUUCCUCGUCAGGAAGCCCUCCGACCCCCGCCGGAAACCCAACUAUAGCGAGCUGCAGGACUCUAACCUAGAGUUUACCUUCCAGCAGCCCUAUGACCAGGCCCACCUGCUGGCCGCCAUCCCGCCUCCCGAGAUCCUCAACCCCACAGCCUCGCUGCCCACCCUCAUCUGGGACUCGCUCCUGGCGCCCCAAGCCCAGCCAAUCGCCUGGGCCGCCCUUCGGCCCCAGGAGAGCACCAAGGUGGCAGAGCUGACCUCCCUGUCGGAUGAGGACAGCGGGAAAGGCUCCCAGCCCCCCAGCCCGCCCUCUCCGGCACCCUCGUCCUUCUCCUCCACUUCAGCCUCUUCCCUGGAGGCUGAGGCCUACGCUGCCUUCCCGGGCCUGGGCCAGGUGCCCCCGCGGCUGGCCCGGCUCUCCGAGGCCAAGGACCCCCAGUCUCGAAAGGCCUUCAACUGCAAGUACUGCGACAAGGAGUACCUCAGUCUGGGCGCCCUCAAGAUGCACAUCAGGAGCCACACGCUGCCCUGCGUGUGUGCCACCUGUGGGAAGGCCUUCUCCCGGCCCUGGCUCCUGCAGGGCCAUGUGCGGACCCACACCGGUGAGAAGCCCUUCUCCUGCCCCCACUGCAGCCGCGCCUUCGCCGACCGCUCCAACCUGCGCGCCCACCUGCAGACCCACUCGGAUGUCAAGAAGUACCAGUGCCCGGCCUGCUCGCGGACCUUCUCCCGCAUGUCCCUGCUGCACAAGCACCAGGAGUCGGGCUGCUCUGGGGGCCCCCGCUGACCCGGAGGCGCCUCCCCUGCCCGUGCCU